GAAGGGAGUCGGGGGAAAAAAUAGGAUUCACUUUUAUGUGUCCCCUGAGUCAUGUUUGUACAUUCUGGGGGUUUCGUCAGAAUCUACUUUGGUAGGCGUACACGUUAUAAAAAAUAGUGUGUUUGUGCGCAGUGAGUGAGCCAUCUGUUUGCAUAAAAUAUCUUUGCUUGCGCUUGUGCCCGUGCGUUUGUCACUGCGCGGGGCAAAACGCGCUCCUACACGCGGCCCAUUACAAAGUUGAAAUGAGGACGAUCGAGAGGCUGACAAGCACUGUGAUGCCCUUAAAGUGACCCCUUGGAGCAACAGACAGUAUGGACAAGCAGCACAGGUUACUUUCAACGCGUCUUUUCGUCAAACAAGCUGAGGUAGAAGUUGUACUGAACCGCGCCGUACUGUCAUGGAGGAAAAUUCAGAAAAACACAAAAGGCGACUCUGACAUCAGCUGCACAGACACAAUGAGCCAGGUGGUCCAAGUGAGUGAGAUAGUAUCUGUCCAGAAGACAGAGGAGGGACAUCUACAGGCCAGCAGGAGGAAGAGCAGCGCCAAGCAACCGAACCAGCUGUUCACUAACGCCUUCACAGUUUCGUAUGUGCGGAGGGCCAGUAAACACCAGUGGUGCUGCACUGAUGUGGAGUUCCUGUGUCCGGACCAGAGCACGUGUGAGCAGUGGAUCAGAGCUAUCAGUGAUCAGCUCACACUACUGACUAACCGACCAAAACGCCUGCUUGUGUACAUCAAUCCCAUUGGAGGGAAGAAGCAGGGAAAGUGGAUUUACGACCAAAAGGUGGCACCGCUUUUUCAUAAGGCAUGCAUCUCAACCGACGUAAUUGUUACAGAGCGAGCCAACCAUGCAAGGGAACACCUGGUGACAGAGGCCGAUCUGGACAAAUACGAUGGGCUGGUGUGUGUAGGUGGUGAUGGCAUGUUCAGUGAAAUCGUGCAUGGUUUAGUGACUCGAACUCAGAACGACAACAAAGUGGACCUGAACGACCCGGGGGCUGAGUUGGUUCCGACUGCUUUGAGAAUCGGCAUCAUCCCAGCAGGUUCUACUGAUUGUAUCUGCUUCAGCACAGUGGGCACCAACGAUCCGGUCACGUCUGCUUUACACAUCAUUGUGGGUGAUGCACAGCCGAUGGACGUGUGCUCAGUUCACCACAACGACUUCUUCCUUAGAUUCUCUGUCUCGCUGCUAGGAUACGGUUUCUACGGAGAUGUGCUGUCCGACAGUGAGAAGAAAAGAUGGCUGGGCCCUGCUCGCUACGACCUCGCUGGGGUAAAAACCUUUCUUAACCACAACCACUACGAAGGCACUGUGUCAUUUCUACCCGCUGAGGAUGAUGUGAGCAGUCCCAGAGAUAAAGUGCAGUGCAGAUCAGGGUGUAGAGUCUGUCAGCACACAUCAGGGGAGAAAAAGAAGACUGAGAAAGAUAGGCGUGAUGAUGGCUGGACAGUGAUCAGUGGGAAAUUCAUGGCCAUAAACGCGGCGUGUAUGAGCUGUGCUUGUCCCCGCAGUCCCAAGGGCCUGUCUCCUUCGGCACACCUCGCAGAUGGGACAGCUGACCUCAUCCUUGUCCGAAAGUGCUCCAGGAUUGACUUCUUCAAACACCUGCUGAGGCACACCAACAAGGAUGACCAGUUUGACCACGUGUUUGUGGACGUCCACCGAGUGAAGAAAUUUAAAUUCCAGCCACGACACGUGGUUUCAGUGGAGGACCUCAGCGAGAUACCCAUGAAGAACACCUUUACACCUGUAUGCCCUACCCCCUGCAGGUGUAACAAUGACUCCGCCCAGAGCAGCUGGACCUGCGAUGGCGAGAUCCUGCCCCAUGUCAGCAUUCAAGUCAGUGUCCAGUGCCAGUUGAUUCACCUGUUUGCACGUGGCAUUGAAGAGACCCAAGAACAGCAGCAGUUUGUGUUUGAGGAGCUCUGACAAUGUGGAAACUCUGAAUGUGGUAUUUAGAUGCACAAGGCUGAGUGGAUCUUGGCAAGAAGAACAUGCUUUUUUUUUUUUUUUUUUUUUAAUUGUACAAAAUCAAGUGAUACUUUGUGUUUAAAGUAAUCAUUUUUCAAAGUGAUUUUAAUUGAUGUAUUACCAAAAUACUGUAGAUUGUAAAGUCAGACCAGGUGUCAUUGUUGUACAGCUGGUUCCCUGUGUCAUUGCCACAGCUUGCUCAAAGUUUGACUGUGGGCAAGAAUGUUCUUUUUAACAAGUAUCUUAUGAAGCCUAAACUGUUCCUUUAAAAGGUAACAUGAAAGUAAAAAGUGUUAAGAGAUUUUUAUAGACAAAAUAUGUUUAUCUGGUGCCAUUCGGCGUUUGAAAUGCAAUAUGCCCAGUUUUUCUAUCUUAAAAGUGACUUGUGCAUUUCUUUGAAAAUAUGUUUUCACUAUGCAUCUAAAGGAAAACAGAGUUCCACAUUGAGCAAGACUGAGCUGGUCUCCACCAACAAUCUUUUAUUUUUUACCUUUUGUCAUGAAGGACAAUUCAAAUUGAAUAUUCUCUCAGAGAGGCAUUUGUGUUUUGGAAGGCUGGUGAGCCAUAAAGAUAAACUUAAAAGCACACAAGAACAAAGCACUCAAAUCUGACUGUUAAACUGUGGCCCAGGAGAAGUUGAUUUUAGCCAGGAGCACUAAUGGAAAGCGGAAUACAGUGCUAAUACUCUAACAUUGCCCCAGUGGAUUGUGGGUAAUAAGCCGAAGUGGUGACUAAGUGAUCCGGGGCUUCUCUGCACUGCUGCUCUGCACCUGUGACUCUGAGAUGUGAUCUUCACUGGUAAAAACCAAUGACAGCUAGAUCAGCAGCUGAGGUUAUCCAUGUUUACAGCCCUUUAAUCCUCAUUAGAAAUAAUCUGGUGAUCUGGAAAUAAACCCGGUCUGUUCUCAAAUAUAUUUAAUACAUUCACUAAAAUCAUUUAAAAUCACAAACAAGUACAUAAAGUGUAAAUUCUACAUAUAUAUUGAUAACUUUAUGCACUAAAUAUAUAUGCAUCAGACAGAUUUUUUUGAAUAAUAUAAUUACUUGAAUGUGUUAAAGCAUGAAUGUUACUUGGGUCAUCUGGAGCUGGCCUUCACUUGAUUCAAAUAUUUUUAUCAUGUUACAUAGUUUUUACUGUUCCACCCAAGAGUUCAACUCCAAUUUACAAUUGUACUAACCUUAUUUCAUUCAUACAGUAUCAAUUAGACUUGGCCUCGCACUGUAUUAUGAUGCUUUUUAUCUUCAUUUUCCUGAGGUGGUGCGUCCUUUGUCUCUGCACUUGUUCAUUUCACGUUGUAAAAAUCGUCUCUUUCUGAAUGUGGUCCAACUCCUAACACAGGCCUAUAAUGUUUCACCUUCAGCUCUACUUUAGUGAACUUUGGAUGUUCUUCUGGUGCUUUUAAAUCUCUGAAAUGUACAAAACACCGCAGAAAGACAUGAGAGAGGGUUCAACAAAAGCUACAUAUUUAUGACUGAGAAGAAAAAAAAAAAAAAAAAGUUUUGCAAGCAUGUAUGCAGUGUCUAUGUACUGCAAGCAUGUAUGUGGUGUCUGUGUCUGUCUGUGUGUAGAUGACUAAUUUAUUUGAAAAAUAAAAUUCUUUGAAAUUA